AUGCUCGGUCGAGUCCACGCGCGCUGCUUCAGGGCGUCCGCGCCGCGCGCCGGCGGAGCACACAAUCCCGAGUGGCUCGCCCCCGACCACAACACGUGGGCGACACACAUCAACCACCGCAUCUUUAUGCCGAUCGUUUACAUGUGCCCCGUCGCGCUCGUGCUUUCACCAUCGAUGCUGGCGAUGCCACUGGACUUGGCGAUGGGUGUCCUCAUCCCGGUGCACGCCCACUGCAAUGCCAACAUGAUCAUCUCCGACUACGCACACUGGAUCACCAAGGCCAAGUGGUUUGACACCGCGCUGCGCAUGGCGCUCGUGCCCGUGACAGGCACUCUCACCCGUGCCCGUCCUCAGUACGCGUCCUUUCGGUUUUCACUGAUUGUGCGAGCACCCUGCCCAGGCCUAACCUUCCUUGGCCUUCUCAACCUCAACCUGCGCGGCCCGGGGCUGACCGAGUCGGUCAAGGCGCUCUGGCGAAAGCCGGCCGAGCCGUGA